AUGGCUACAGGAGUGGCGGCAUGGCUCCCCUUUGCUCGCGCGGCGGCUAUUGGAUGGAUUCCGGUGGCGACUAGCCCUAUGCCCAUCCCUCCCCGGGAAAAGAAGGAAGCCCAAGACCAGGGACUUAUCCUCCUCAACAUCAGCGGUCAGAAGUUCCAGACAUGGAGUAACACUUUGGAACGCUACCCCGACACUUUACUAGGGAGCACCGAGAGGGAUUACUUUUUCCAUGAGAAAACAAACGAGUACUUUUUUGAUCGUGACCCUGAUAUCUUUAGACACAUUCUGAAUUUCUACCGCACGGGCAAACUGCACUACCCGCGCCAGGAGUGCAUUGCCGCGUAUGAUGAAGAGUUGUUGUUUUUCGGAAUCAUACCUGAGAUUAUUGCCGACUGUUGCUAUGAGGAGUACAAGGACCGGCGCCGCGAGAACCAGGAGAGGCUGCAGGAUAACGAAGACAACGAGAAAGAAGAUAUAGCUCCGUUAAACAUGACCUUCCGGGAGUACAUGUGGCGGGCUUUUGAGAAUCCCCACACGAGCACCAUGGCCCUGGUCCUCUAUUAUGUCACCGGGUUUUUCAUCGCCAUCUCGGUCAUGGCCAAUGUGGUGGAGACGGUGCCGUGUGGAACCCUGCCUAACCGCUCCAAGGACAUCUCGUGCGGGGACCGUUAUGCAGUGGCCUUCUUCUGCCUGGACACGGCCUGCGUCAUGAUCUUCACCGUCGAGUACCUGUUACGGUUAAUCGCGGCUCCCAGCCGGUAUAACUUCAUGAAGAGUGUGAUGAGCAUCAUCGACGUGGUUGCCAUCAUGCCUUACUACAUUGGCUUGGUCGUGACAGACAACGACCAAGUGAGCGGGGCGUUCGUCACUCUCAGGGUCUUCCGGGUUUUCAGGAUUUUCAAAUUCUCCCGCCACUCCGCGGGCCUGCGUAUCCUGGGCUACACACUGAAGAGCUGUGCCUCGGAGCUGGGCUUCCUCCUCUUCUCCCUCACCAUGGCCAUCAUUAUCUUUGCCACUGUGAUGUUCUAUGCAGAGAAGGGCUCCGCCUCCAGCAAGUUCACCAGCAUUCCCGCUGCUUUCUGGUACACCAUAGUCACCAUGACAACACUGGGGUAG